GGGUCUGACAGGUGAGCGGCACGGCACCUUCCCCAGACACCUGUUAGCCGCGCCACGGGGAGGAUGUUUACCGAGGCUGUUCGCGUCGCCAAGGAGUCACAUCCCAAGACUGUCACCAAGCCGGUCAAGUAUGGCACGGCGGGGUUCAGGUCGAGGGCAGAGGAACUGGACUUUGUCAUGUACCGCAUGGGCCUCUUAGCAGCCAUGCGUUCCAGGGACACAAGAGCGGCCAUUGGGGUCAUGAUCACGGCCUCACAUAACCCACUACCUGAUAAUGGGGUAAAACUGGUGGACCCUCAGGGGGAGAUGCUAGCCCCAGCGUGGGAGGCGCAUGCUACCACCUUAGUCAAUGCCACUGACAACGGGAUUGCUGAGGCUCUGGAGGCUAUCACCAGCGCUGCAAAGAUCAACACAGAGAAUAAGGCAAUGGUCAUUGUGGGCAGAGACACUAGGCCGAGCAGCACCAGCCUCCGAGAAGCAGUGUUGGCAGGUGUUGCUGCAGUGGGAGGGGAGGUGAUGGAUCUAGGGAUCAUCUCUACACCUGUGCUGCACUAUGUUGUCACCUGUCACAAUGAUAGUGGCGAGUAUGGUGAGCCAACUGUGGAAGGGUAUUACAAGAAGAUAUCCCAGGCCUUUGUCAGCCUCCGUUCGCAUGGCUCCUCCUCUGCAAACUAUGAGCCUGUGGUCCUGUUUGAUGGAGCAAAUGGUGUUGGAGCACUUGCCAUGGAAGAGUUCAUGAAGCACCUACAAAAUACUCUCAAGGUCACCAUCUACAACAAAGAAGGAAUCCUCAAUCACAUGUGUGGAGCAGACUUCGUCAAGGUACAGCAGAAAUGGCCUGAGGGUGUGCCCCAAACCAUUAAUGUACGGUGUGUUUCUGUGGAUGGAGAUGCAGACCGUGUUAUCUAUAGCUUCUUGGACACCAAUAAAGGGUUCCACAUGUUAGAUGGUGACAAGAUUGCUACCUUAGUCGCAGGCUACUUGAAGGAGUUGCUACAGAAGUCAGGGUUAGCACUGAAGCUUGGCCUUGUCCAGACUGCCUAUGCUAAUGGAGCCUCCACAGCCUACAUUAAUGACCAGCUUGGGGUUCCUGUGGCCUGUGCCAAGACAGGAGUUAAGCAUUUACACCACAUGGCCCAGGAGUUUGAUAUUGGCGUUUACUUUGAGGCCAAUGGUCAUGGUACUGUUAUUGUCUCCAGCACAGCAAGACAGACCAUCAAGGCAGCUGUUCAAGCUAAAAACCAAAAUGCUGAGAGAUUGGCUAAAGUGCUUGAUGUCAUAAAUGAGACAGUUGGGGAUGCAAUCUCAGACAUGUUGCUGGUGGAGACAGUGCUGCAUGCACGAGGCUGGUCAGUGCUGGACUGGAAUACUGCUUACACUGACCUUCCAAACAGACAGAUGAAGGUAAUGGUGGCUGACAGAGCAGUAAUCACCACCACAGAUGCAGAGCGAGUUUGUGUUACUCCAGAGGGUUUACAGAACACCAUAAAUAAAAUUGUGUCCAGCUUCCCCAAAGGUAGAUCCUUUGUACGACCCUCAGGUACGGAGGAUGUUGUCAGGGUCUAUGCUGAGGCUUCAACUCAGGAGGAAGCAGACAAUCUUGCAGUUCAAGUUGCAUGUGCAGUGUAUGAGCAAGCUGGUGGUGUAGGAGACAAGCCAAAAGGUCCUGGCUAAGAGUUUUAGGGGCUACUAUUGCUCAAACUUAAUAGGUUAUGAGAUGGCUCAUUCAGGAAAAUAAAUGAGGUUGUGAAGUAUUUUUUUAAGUAAUGGUGAAUGUCUUGAGUUUUUUCCUUGCAUAUGCAUAGUCAUUGGGCCUGCAUACUGUAAAAUUUAUGCAUAAACCAAUAUACUAAGUUUUGCAGAUGCUAUGUAAAAGAAGACAUUCUUUAAUCAUAUUUCAUUGGAUUUAAUGGACUAAAUCUAUAUUCACAUGACACAAUGUGUAAAUCUUUGAUUGACACACGAUAGACUGAUUAACAUUACUCGUGUCUUACCUUAAAUUCUCGGGGUUCAAUGUUUGUUGUAUGAGAGUAAUGGAAUCAUUCAAUUUAGCGUAAUUCCUUUUUAUUGUGGAAGGCUUGCGUUAAUACACAAAAUACAGUUUACUAUACCAGUGAAGAUUUGGAAUAUUUAAAGGUUCUAAUUACUGCAGCUAUAAUUUGUAACAUUUCAUUAAUUGGUGAUGGGAAUAUAUAGUGUUGGUUCUUAAUGUAUAUCAUAAGGAUCACAGCUUUAUCAUCAUAAAACUAGAGUGCUGCCAGCCAAGCAGUUUCCUAUGCCCCAGCUCCUUCCUUGGGUCAUCACUGAUUAACUAGUGAUUGGGUGAUGGAUGGGGCAGGGCUUAGGGAACUAUGUUCCGUUCCAUCCCAGAAAAGAAAUCUGCAUUCAGCAAUCCUUUCCCAAAUUGUCACAGUCCGAGCAUUCCUGUCAGUCGAUAAGGAAUUGAUAUAUAGCAAUGCUAAAGACAACAGAAUUCAUUAAAAACAAUUGAAUACAUUGUAUUUACAUUUUUCUAGUACCAUCUUUAUAUGGUAAUGGAAUAUUCAUAUGGUAUUGGUAGAUGUCUGUGUCAUUAUUACAUAUUCUUUACUGCACAGAAUACCUGCACUAUUGCCUACAUAUAUCCUGUAUGUUUAUCAUUAUACAGAUAAUACUCGUUACAUGUAUUAAUAUGUUAAGAAAACGUAAAUAGAAUGUUUUCAGUGAAUUCUGUUGUCUAGCAUUGCUAUAUAUCAAUUACCUAUUGACUGAAAGGAAUGCACAGAUUGUGACAAUUUGGGAGAGUUGCUGAUUGCCCAUUUCUUUUCCAAGAUGGAUUGGCCCAUAACCGGCAGCUUUGUGAUUCUGUAUUUAUUACCGAUUCUGGAAACUCAAGAUUUUUCUUUUCCAUGGGUGAUUCACCCAACACUUUUUGAUGGUGCUCUCUUUUGCUGGCCUUCCACAUUGUGAGGUUUUCAUUUUUCUGUAUCUUGGAACAGUGAAACCACAAGAGUGUUGACAGGAUUUAUUUAGUUCAUUCAGCAGUUUUAUUGUAUAUAGAUUCAACAUUCCUGGUUAUUUCAGAGGUUUUGAAAGGCAUCUGUAACUGGGUCUAGUGCCUUAAAGGGAGAAUUAACAUGACAAGCUAAGAUAGUUGAUUAAUACAUGUUGGAAGGUCUAAAAGACCCAUUCACUAGGCAUCAAAUUAUGCAAUGUGUUGCAUACCCUUUGCAGGAACCAAUGGUGCCAACAGUAUAUAUAUAUAUAUAUAUAUAUAUAUAUAUAUAUAUAUAUAUAUAUAUAUAUAUAUUUUUAUAUAUAUAUAUAUAUAUAUAUAUAUAUAUAUAUAUUAUGGUAUGGUAUGGUGCCCAUCUUGUAUAUCAGCCCCCCCCCCCCCCUCACCUGGAGCUGGAUCCACCACUGCAGUAGGGUAACUACUACAGACCAGCUGAGGAAAUGAGAUAAAAUUUUCACAUAGUGUAAUUACCCUACUGCUGGAAACAAUUUCUGCAAUGAGUUGUACAACACAUCACAGAACUUGAUGCCCAGGGUGAAUGGGGCUUAAUGGAUUUUCAAAUAGGAUUCUCAUCAAGAAGGUACAAACUGCAGUUUUUAUAUGUACCCUUUUAUAAUUAAUGUAUAUUGAGACCACUUUAAAACUGCCACAGUAUUAUAAUUGCGUAUAAUUCACCUCUUGGUCUGCUGCGGGUCUCUCUCGAGACAGCCAGCCGUUCCCCUACGGAAGAGCACAGAGCUCGUAGUACCGAUCUUUGGGUAGGACUGAGACCACUCACACACAACACACUGCGACAACGAGGUCACAACUCCUUGCCUGACGUCACGUACCUACUCACUCCUAGGUGAACAGGGGCUACAUGUGAAAGAGGAUAAACCCAACUUGUCUUCACUCGGUCGGGGAAUCGAACCCCGGUCCUUCUGGUUGUGAGCCAGACGCUCUACCCCUGAGCUACCGGGCUGUGUGUGUUUAUGUAUAUACACACACAUACCUACAUGCUAAUUUACAAAUUGUGGAAUAAAAAUGGAAGUAGAUCACGAGGAGUUAUUGCUAAGAACACCAGCAACACACGAAGACACAGUAAAAAAUUGAGAAAAGGAAGAUGGAACAGACUAAGUGAGGAUGUAGUAUUGGCGAAGUUUGGACAAGUACAGAUAUGGAGAGAGGACCACAUGAGCGUAAGCCCAGUGUACCAUAAUGCCUGAAACAAUAACAACGCAUUAGAUGAUGUAAGCCUGAGCACCAAAUGAAGGCAAUUGUCGAGCAAUUUGCCAUACAAGAAUGUUUUACAAGAAACUAGGUGAGGCACUUCAAAGAUGGUGGCAGUAGGGGUAUGCUGAAAACCAUAGCUGGGCGUUAUCGCGAUACUAUAUCGCUGAUAACAAAAUCGGGUUAUCAGCCAUCCACUACGUAUUUAAAUAUAUAUCGGUAUCUUCGUUACUUUUGUAACCAAACUAGCGAUAAUCGCUACUUUUUUCAGCCUAAAAAAAAAAAAAAAAAAAAAAAAAAAAAAGUCUCCUCCCUACUGUGCAUGCGUGGCCCGGUGUUGUAUGAAAAACUUCGGGAUAUGAAAUACUUUUGGUGAAGAGAUUUCAUACUAAGAUCAUCAACAUUAAAACACUAGGUUAUUAUUUGAUGUUAGACUCAAAAAUAAAUAUAUCAAAGAGAAAAAUCAUUUAACUUUGCCCCAAAAAUUAUUAUUCACUGCCUCAAAUUUGAUAUUCCAUAUUCAUUUGUGAGCAUGCCAUGGUAUUGAAAGUGCCCGGUGAUGUGUCAUUUGGUGUCCCAUCGUCAAAAGCUGGCGCUUUUGUUUACAAACACUGGUCUCUUGUGAACUGCGCAUGUUCAGACCAGUAAGCAUAGCCCUGUACAGUCUUACAAAGCUUUUUAACACAUUAAGAGUUGCUGGAAGGCUGAAUCAGACAUACAGUACCACCAUCCUCGCUGUUUCUAGAACGAUACUCUGUACAUAUAAAUACAAUUCGUACAGUGUCGUUCUAGAAACACAGAGGAUGGUGGUAGUGGUAGUGUAUGUCUGAUUCAGCUUUGUGAGACUGUACAGGUCUACGCUUGCUGGUCUGAGCAUGUGCAGUUCACGAGAGACCAGUGUUUGUAAACAAAAGCGCCAGCUUUUGACGGUUGGGAUGCCAAAUAACACAACGCCGGUUCAGGCGUUUCUAGUAUUACCGUCCAUAUGUACUUACGUGUCAAUGUGUGGUUUUCAGGCUUUGUAAGUUUUCUAAAAUGCAGAUAAUGAAAAUUUGAAUUCA